AUGGAGAAGAACGUCACCUCACAAAACAUUGUGAAACUGCUGACACCUGGACCCAGCUCUGCUGAGAAAAAGAAACAUGUCAUGAAACUGAGCAAGGAACUCAACCAAAUCAAACUCCUGGACACUAGUUUUGGCAGUGAAGAAGAGUUUGGGCAAAAACCUUCCAUGAAAAUGAAAAAAUCUGCAACAAAGAUAACUGUAGAUGACCAACCCCCAGGUGUGAAUGGCCCAUUUCAAAGCCUAACCAAAGCAUCGCCAUCUUCCAUCCACAGCAGAAACAAGUCUUCCAGUGUUACAAACUCACAGACCUUUAAUAUCCCAAAAGGCAGAAACCCAAGUGAGGCAGCAUCAUCAGCAGAGAUAAGCAGGAUACCGUUGCCAGAGAAAACAGUUCUUCCAAAGGUUGGAAGAACAACUGGAGCAAAUAUCACCAACUUCUCUGAAGGUGCAAAAUGCAAGCCCAGGACUCACAUUGUUUUCCUGAAAGUACACAAGAGCGCCAGCAGCACUGUCAUUAAUAUCUUGUUCCGCUUUGGUGAGACUCACAACCUCACCUUUGCCUUGCCAAUCAAUGGUCUUCAUCAGUUGAAUUAUCCCCAUUACUUCACAGCAGCUGUCGUGGAGCCACUUUCUCCAAGCAAUGAUUCCCAGUUCAACAUUAUGUGUCACCAUAUGAGGUUCUUUAAGCCAGAGGUUGCCAAAGUCAUGCCAAACAUGACCUUUUACUUUUCCAUCCUCCGCAAUCCUGUUCAACUCAUGGAAUCUUCAUUCACCUACUAUAAAGGGACAUCUGCAUUCUCCAAAGCCAGGGACUUGGAGGAGUUUCUCAACCAGCCUUCCCAGUUUUACAACGCCUCGGCUACAGACAGCCAUUACGCCAAAAACCUCAUGGCAUUUGAUUUUGGGUAUAAUCACAAUGGAAACUUCUCAGCCAAGCACAUCCAACUCAUGCUACAAUCCAUUCAGGCAGAAUUUGACCUUCUCCUGAUCUUAGAGUACUUUGAUGAGUCAAUGGUGCUGCUGAAGGAGGCCUUGUGCUGGGACUUGGACGACGUGACAUUCUUUCCUCUCAACAGCAGACACAACAACACCAAGACCCGCCUUUCAGAAAGCACCACAGAGAAGAUAAAGAGCUGGAACAAACUUGACUGGGAAAUCUAUGUGCAUUUCAAUAAGACCUUCUGGGAGAAAAUAGACCGGCACAUUGGCAAGGAGCGCAUGCACAAUGAAGUGAGGAUGCUGCAGCAGAAGCGGGAGCAGCUGGCAAAGAUUUGCCUUCAAGGAAGUGGCAGUGUAGUUCCACAGCUGAUCAAAGACCGGGCAUUGGCACCACUGCAGUAUGGCAAAGCAGUAAUCAUGGGGUACAAUUUAAAGCCUACCCUAGAUAAGGCAACAAGGCAGAUGUGCCAGCGCAUGGUGACACCUGAACUUCAGUACAAUAGGCUCCUGUACAGGAAACAGUUCCCAAAGAAAGCUCUGAAGCACAGCAAUGCAGCUGUCUUGCCUAAACUAUCUAACCGCAGGACAGUUUGA